AUGGACUCCGGAAAGAACUCCAACGCUCCCGUCUCUCCCACCGGCCGCAGACGCAGCUCCGGCACCCUGUUCCAAGGUCUCAUGGACCAGAAGCGUCACGACGGCACCGCCGCCCGCAGACAGUCAAUGACCGAUUCGAAGCCCCAGCCCGGGUUCUUGGGUCAGAUGUGGCACAAUUGGACCCGCGGUGCUGCCAGCCCCCCGAAAUAA